AUGCAUCUGUCCACCAUUCCUGUCUGCGGCCUGCUGCUCAUCCUUAACCUGCAGCUGAUCAGCUCAUAUCCUGUCAGCACCGGCCUGACUGACAACGACAUGGACAUCUUAAAGGUGAGUCUACAGACUCUGAAACUUAGGGUUUGGGGAGUUUGGGUCCUUGAGGACAUUUGUACUUGAUUUGUCCGACUAGUUAUUGAAGUUAAGGAUUAUGAAGAUCAGGAAUCUUUCUAAAGGGCUAAAAUCUCUUUGCAUGCAAUAAUGAAUAAUGCAAUACCAGAAAAGCCUCUAAUUAAAAUACGCAUAAAAGAAGUUGAAUAAUGGACAUAAAUUCAAUAUUUUACAUAUGACGACUCUAACAUGAACACACUGUACAGCCAACAUAGAAGGUAUUCAUUAAUCUUAAUCACCCAAACCCCAGAGCCUGACUCAUAUGUUAGAUUCUGGUUGAUAUUUUGAGUGGAAAAAAUACCUCACUGUAAUAACUGAGGUGUUGAGUUUGAUAUAAGAGACUUUUUUCUUUUUGCACAUUGCAGGUGAUUCUCCACAGACUAGAGGAAACCAUGUCCGAGCAGACUGAUCUGGAUCAAAGAGUCCCUUCAGAGAGGGACAGUCUGGACACAGACGAGGCAGCAGCAGAUGUUCAGCAGCCUCAAACCGACUUGGAUGAGGAGAUGAUCCGGGAGUUUCUGUCCGCCAAGAACCUGAAGACCGUCCGCAACAAUGACUCAACCAGGAGGUCCUCCGGCUGCUUCGGGCGGCGGAUGGACAGGAUAGGAUCCAUGAGUUCUCUGGGCUGCAACACUGUCGGAAAAUACAGUAAGUUACACAAACUCUGAGGCUCUGUGUUGAAGUAGUUCGACUUGUAAGAUCACAAAAAACCAGUAUGAUAGUCCUCAGGCAAAAAUCAAGUGACUCAGACCCAGAGGAGGGUGAUGAAAAUGAACCUUCUUCUUUAGCUGUAUGAUGAACUUGAUUUUAGUGUACCACUUUAUCACAAUGUUGUCUUUCUCUGUUUUCCAACAGAUCCAAAGUAA